AUGUCUUCUCCCCGCGCGGCCUGGAUUCGAGGGCUAAACGCCUUUCCUGGUGGAGAUUUGACUGACCGGCAGUUGGUUGCACGUGAACGGCAUCAGUGGAAGCGGUGCAUCGGGGGAGCCCAUGUCCGCUGGGUAAAUAUCCCCCUGGAAGCUCUCCAGGAAAGAGAAGCAUUACGCGGCACAAUUAUCAGAGACCGUGAUUUCCAGGAAUGGCAAAAACUACACCCUCCUCCAGUUCCUGGAUCGUCGAGGAUGUCCGUGUCUUCCGUAAUCUUUUCAGAUAGUAGCGGCCAGCAGCAACUCUCAUGGCUCACGCCUGGCACCGCGUUCGUCCGAGAUGACUCGCACUGUGGAAGUCGAACUGUGCGCUGGCGUCUGGCCGAGGAGUUCUCAACUUCUUCACGACAAUACUCCAAAGCUAUCGUACGCGUGUCAGGCUUGGCUUUCUCUGAAAAAGCACAGUGGUUCUACCAGUAUUCACUCAAGCUGUCUUCAUCGAUUGUGGAUGGUUACCACACCAUACGUAUUCAUCGGGACAGGGUGCUGAAGCAGUCGAUGACUCUCUUUAUGUCUGCUCCAAGUGGAACCCUGCAUCGUCGACUUCGAGUUGACUUCAUGGACGAAGCGGGCGUUGAUGGCGGUGGAAUUUUGCGAGAAUGGCUGCAUCUUGUUUGCAGUCAGCUUUUUGCCGAUGCUCCUGGGCUAUUUAGUCUGACAAGCUCUUCUGCACAUCAAGGAUACUGGAUCACACGAACGACUCCAGGGAAAAGCUCCAAGCAGCUGCAGAUGUAUGUUUUCUUUGGAAAGCUGUUGGGGAAAGCAUUACUUGAAGGCCUCCUUUUGAACGUGCGGCUUUCUAUCCCCUUGCUGAAACACAUUCUCGGGGUACCCCUCAAGUUAUCCGACCUGUAUCUGCUUGAUGAAACGGUUUACUCGAGCAUGAUUUGGAUUUUGGAAAACGAUAACACAAACUCCUUGGGUUUGAAUUUUACAGUGGAAGGUAUCGAGCUCAUUCCAAGCGGUGCCGAUGUUAACCUUCACGAUGGAAACAAGCACCUUUACGUUGCUAAAGUUGCGCAGUAUUAUUUGUUCGACAGCGUUCGUGGUGAAAUCUCGAGUAUUAUGGAAGGGCUACGAAGCGUGAUUAGCGAUACUGUGUUGCACGUAUUGGACUUCAAAGAGCUCGAUCUGCUGCUUUCCGGAUUACCCCAGAUUGACGUCAAUGACUGGAGACAGCACACGGACGUCCGGUUCUUUGAGCAGAGUACCCACGAGUUUGAAUUGGUUGGCUGGUUUUGGGAAAUUAUAGAGGCUUUCACGCAAGAGCAACGUGGGCGCCUCUUGCAGUAUGUUACCGGCUCCAGCGGCGUUCCCGUUGAGGGUUUUAAGGGUUUGACCGGAAUGGAUGGCGAGAUCCAGCUGUUUACAAUCCAAAUUGGCAAAGAUAUAUCAACCGUGUACACGGUACUUCCACACGCGAGCACAUGCUUGAAUAGACUGGAUCUUCCCCUCUAUCCCUCUAAGGCCGAGUUAGAGCGGAUUUUGUCGAUGGUAAUAGAGAUGGAUGUGACAGGGUUUAGUAGUCGAUGA